AUCCAGAGGAAUGCGUCCCACCUGCCAGCCUCCUCCUCCUUUCCGGCUGGGUAGGAUGAUGAACGCUUUUUCUUCCAUUGGGAACUUCUUUCCAGGGCUAUCAAAGAGAAAGGGAGGAACCAUGUCCAUGAUCGCAGCGUUCUAUGGUGGCAAGUCCAUUCUCAUCACAGGGGCCACAGGCUUCUUGGGCAAAGUGCUGAUGGAGAAGCUGUUUCGCACCAGCCCUGACCUGAAAGUCAUUUACAUCCUUGUGAGGCCCAAGGCUGGCCAGACGCUCCAGCAGAGGGUUUUCCAGAUCCUAAACAGUAAGCUGUUUGAGAAAGUCAAAGAAGUUUGUCCAAACGUGCACGAGAAGAUCAGAGCCAUUUACGCAGAUCUCAACCAGAGUGAUUUUGCCAUCAGCAAGGAGGACAUGCAGGAGCUGCUCUACUGCACGAACAUCAUCUUCCACUGUGCAGCCACCGUGCGCUUUGAUGACCCGCUGAGACAUGCCGUGCAGCUUAAUGUCACUGCCACCCAGCAGCUCUUGCUUAUGGCUAGUCAGAUGCCAAAGCUCGAAGCCUUCAUACAUAUCUCUACCGCCUUUUCUAAUUGUAACCUGAAGCACAUCGACGAAGUGAUCUACCCGUGCCCCGUGGAGCCAAAAAAAAUCAUUGACUCAUUGGAGUGGCUAGAUGACUCUAUUAUUGAUGAGAUCACACCCAAGCUGAUCGGAGACCGGCCUAAUACUUACACCUAUACCAAGGCCUUGGGCGAGAUGGUGGUGCAGCAGGAGAGUGGGAACCUGAACAUCGCCAUCAUCCGGCCCUCCAUUGUGGGAGCAACCUGGCAGGAGCCUUUUCCGGGUUGGGUUGAUAAUCUAAACGGACCUAGUGGGCUCAUUAUUGCGGCUGGGAAAGGGUUUCUUCGGGCCAUAAAAGCUACUCCGAUGGCUGUGGCAGAUUUAAUUCCAGUUGAUACGGUCGUCAAUCUCACCCUAGCAGUAGGAUGGUACACUGCGGUGCACAGACCCAAGUCAACGUUAGUCUACCACUGUACAUCUGGUAACCUCAAUCCAUGUAACUGGGCCAAAAUGGGAUUCACAGUCUUGGCAUCCUUUGAAAAAAUCCCAUAUGAGAGGGCUUUCAGGAGGCCAAACGCUGACUUUACAACCAACAAAUUCAUGACACAGUACUGGAAUGCAGUCAGCCACCGCGCCCCCGCCAUCAUCUACGACUUCUAUCUGCGACUCACAGGGAGGAAGCCCAGGAUGACCAAGCUCAUGAAUCGACUUCUACGAACUGUGUCCAUGCUGGAGUAUUUCAUCAACCGGAGCUGGGAGUGGAGUACGGACAAUACGGAGAUGCUGAUGUCUGAGUUGAGUCCUGAAGACCAGAGAGUAUUCAACUUUGAUGUACGCCAGCUCAACUGGUUAGAAUACAUUGAAAAUUACGUUUUAGGAGUUAAAAAGUACUUACUGAAAGAAGAUAUGGCUGGGAUCCCAGAAGCAAGGCAACACUUAAAAAGGCUACGAAAUAUUCACUACCUCUUUAAUACUGCACUCUUCCUUAUCGCCUGGCGCCUUCUAAUUGCAAGAUCUCAGAUGGCUCGGAAUGUCUGGUUCUUCAUCGUGAGCUUCUGUUAUAAAUUUCUUUCCUACUUUAAGGCAUCCAGCACACUCAAAGUCUGAGAACAUUUGGCAAUCACCUUUUAUCUGGAACGUCUCAGAUACCUCGAAAACAGCAAACUGUGGUUCUCAAGACUAGGAAGUAACAAGGAAUAUGCCCAAGCUAUCACAUGGGCUGUUAUAUAUACUUCCCCAUUCUUUAACUACAUAUUCUUAUUUCAGCAAGAGGAGAGGCAUAACCUACCCCAUAACUAUGAAUAUUUUAGGAAGACAUUUCCAACUUGUUUCCUGAAAUCCUAUUCUAUGCUCUUGCAUAUUAAAUAUGGAAAGUGCUCCCA